AUGCCAUCAGACAGUGGCGGCGAGGAUGAGUCGCAGCUUGUACCAGCAUUCAGAGUUGCACAGGAAUCCUUGACUGUCUCGGGUGUUGCCCUCUUGACUACAUUCCUGUGCUUCGACGGGUCAAGCCGUUCUUUGCGCAUGUUCACACUGAGGGCUACCAGUACCGUGCCGUAUGGUGAUGGACCAGAGUACUGGGACAUGCGCUACAAAGCGGAUCCGGAGCCUUUCGAGUGGCUCCGCGGCUACGCUGACCUGAAGAGCUGGAUCCGGGAGGCGACCGAUCACAACACCUCUGCAGAUGUCCUCCACUUGGGAUGUGGAAACAGUCUCCUGCCGGAAGACAUGUAUGAUGAUGGUUAUCAAAACAUCAUCAAUGUUGACAACUCUGAAGUUGUCAUCUCGCAGAUGAUGGCCCGAAAUAUGAAGAGGCCACGAAUGCUUUGGCUGCAGAUGGAUGCCCUGGAUUUGUCGCUUCCCGACAACGCCUUCGAUUUAGUCCUUGACAAGAGCCUCAUUGACACUUUCGCUUGCUCUGAUGCUGAAAUCAUCAUGAUCUACUUGCUGCAGGUGUCGCGAGUUCUGCGGACAGGCGGAAGGUUGCUGGUCAUUUCGUAUGGUGCUCCCGACACACGUUUAGAGUUCCUGACACCGUCGCUUCUGAGCUUCGAGGUGCAGGUGGUGGAGUUGCCCCCGAAUGAGACGAGCAAAAUGCACUAUCUGUACAUCUGCAAGAAAAUGGCUUCCCAGAAGAAGCUUUCAGAAGUGUCGUCGCAAGCAGCGUGGCGCCUCGGCGUGCCGCUGUGCGGGAGAAUGGCUCGAAGCGCACCGGAGAAAACUGGCCAGUGGCUGUCUUCGCGUGCCACCAUGGAGGAGGAGCUCCAGGAGGCAACAAGAUUUCAGGCUCUGCAAGCAGGGCUCAGCUCCGGGGAGUCAGGCUAUGCAGCUGUGCGAGUCUGCACAUGGCUCCAGCGAGCUGACACAGAGCGAGCAUGGCUUGGUGCCACUCUUGCUCGCUGUUGCCUGGCCAUCCCACAGAUCGAGAGACUGAAGGCCAUGCAAAACUCCGAGAUUCCCGGUCAGCGCGCUGCGGCUUUGCUGGCUGUCAUCACCAAGUCCAGGAAUGAGGCUCAGGUCAAAUCAGCCAAGGAGCGGUUAGCAGCCCUAGCGAAGGAGACGCAGGACAUGAGCUGUGCAAUGCUCAAUGCCAUGGUCCUGGCCAUGGAUGGUAGUUGGAAUGAAGCAGCGCAGAUGACAAAGGCACACCCGGUGCUGGAAAUGCAGGUGCUGACCAUUCUCCUGGCCCUCAGCUGCAACCAGGUAGCAAUGGCUGAGAAGCUGUUGAAGGAUGCAUCUGGAAACAACGACGAUUCCGCCGCAUUCAGGCUCGCAGCUGCGGCGGUAAAAUUGGCAACAGGAGACCCAGAGGAAGCGUACCUGACGUACUGCGACCUCUGCUCUCAAUUCCCUGCUGUGGAGGGCGACGACUCGGGUUCUGGGUCCGUGCUGCUCCAGACUGGCAAGGCAUUGGCCAACAUGCAGCGCGGCAUGUUCUCCGAGGCAGUGGAGGACCUGCAGAGAGCUCUGGCAGCAGCGCCAAACGAUCCAGAUGUGCUGGUGGAUCGUGCAAAGUUUGUCAACAUGUGCUGUUGCAUGACUCACUUGGGGAAGAAGGACGAAUUCCAGCAGUACUUCGCCAAGCUGGAGCAGGCUGCGCCGAACAACGAUUAUGUCCUUAAGACGCAGGCGAUGACAACCGCAUUCACGCGAUUCAAAGCUUCCCUUGAGGUGGGUCUAAGCAGGGCAGGGCCAAGUUGA